AUGUCAGAAACCAAGGAGACCCAACACUCUAAGGAAGAUCAACUUCCAUUAUAUUUGUUUACCUAUAACUGUAACAAACAAGUGAUUGAGAACAAUUCAUUCAAAUCAAAAGUCGCAGAAUCGUUACCUGAUACUCCGUCAUUAUUAUAUGUGUUUGCAUUUCAAGAGUUCUGUUCAAUUUUAGAUGGUAGUUUUAAAGAUUUGUCAAACCAACAAUUAAUAUCAUAUAAUGAGACUAUCCAAGUAAUGCUAUUUGAGAAGUAUGGUAUGGAUUGUUUCCAAACCUUAGCCAUGAAUCACAUUGGGUCAAUUGGUUUAAUUGUCCUUUCUCCAUUUGCCCCAAGAUUUUCAAAUAUCAGAACAGCAACAUCAUCAGUUGGAUAUGGGUAUAGUUCAAUGAAAGGUGGAGUUGGUAUAAGAUUGAAAUAUUCACCGGAUAACAUGAAAUCUGUGGAAUUGAGUUUUGCUGGUAUUCAUUUGAAUGCAUUCGAAGGUGAAUAUUAUUAUCAACAAAGAAACCAAAACUUGUUGACUAUUAUGAGAAGUCUUGAAUUUGGCGAUGGAUUUGGUUUGAUUAAACCAAACAAUCACAUAUUUAUAAUGGGAGAUCUUAAUUAUAGAACUACACAAAAUUACAAAAAGACUUCAGUGGUAACUCAGAAUUUACUUGCGUUAGCUGACCAACAUAGUACCAUUGAUGGUGAGUAUGUGCACCAGUUAUUCUCUCAAUAUGAUGAAUUACAUAAAGGGUUGAAGAAUGGUGAAGUCUUGUUGGGUUUUAGUGAAGGUAAAAUUGAAUUCCAACCAACUUAUAAAUACUAUAUUAACACUGCGAUUUUCAAUUCCAAAAGAAGUCCUUCGUGGUGUGAUCGAAUUUUAUUCUUGUCAACCUAUGAAGAUGGAGAACAUUUAAAUUUAUUAAGAACCAAUUUAAUACAUUCGUUACCAGUUAUUGAUAAAUACGACUCGGUGAACUCCUUGUUAUUAUCGGAUCAUCGUCCAGUUUAUUUAAGGAUAUCAGUUCCAUUCAAACCACCAAAACUGAUAAUAUCUCCAAUGUCAAGAUGUUUGGAGAUUGUUUCUACUGGAUUAUCUCAACAAUCUAGGUUUCUGAAUUUUGGACAAUUAGAGGAAAUCGAACGUGAUAACUAUAUUGAAAGUGGACCAACUUCUAUCUACUUAAAACCAACAAAAUGGGACUUUUUCACAAAUAAAGUAAUUACACAUCUUCUGGAUAAUAUUAUCGGUUAUGGAUUAUGGUUAGGUACUACCGCAGAAGGUAGAAUGUUACUGUUCAUGCUGGUGUUAUUUUUAGUUGCAUUAUGGUAUCUCUGGUAG